AUGCCUACUAGUGGUGGACACUGCAAUGUGCUCUUGCUUCUCCUCCUCCUCGGCAUCGUUUCUGAGCUGAGCACCGUUGCUCUGGCCAACAUCGGUGGUCGACGGUUCGGCUUUGGCCGUGGAUGGUUCGAUCAUAAAUGCUGGUUUGGCGGGUACUUGAAAGGUGGCAAGGGCUUUGGAGGAGGUGGUGGUUUUGGUGGUGGCGGAGAUGGAGGGAUUGGCAGUGGUGUCGGCUAUGGUGGUGGGUUUGGAAGGGGUGGCGGCCUCGGCAUUGGUGCUAGUGGAGGGGGAGGUCUCGGAGGAAGUGGUGGCGGCGGACUAGGGGGUGGCCAUGGCGGUGGGUUUGGUCAUGGUGGUGGUGCCGGAGGUGGGAUUGGAAGCGGAGGUGGCGGGGGACUUGGUGGUGGUUUCGGUAGUGGAGUGGGAGCUGGCAAUAGUUUUGGCGGAGGGCUUGGUGGUGGUGGUGGGUUCGGAGGUGGUGCUGGCGGCGGCCUCGGUGGUGGCCAUGGUGGAGGCCUAGGUGCUGGUGUGGGUGUAGGAAGUGGUGUGGGUGGGGGUCUCGGCGGCGGCGGAGGCUUUGGUGGUGGUGGACGGCAUGGUGGAGGCUUCGGCGUAGGGUCUGCUGUGGGAGGUGGCGCUGGUGGAGGUCUUGGUGGUGGAGGAGGUCUUGGCGGUGGACAUGGAGGUGGCUUUGGCGUAGGGGCUGGUGUUGGCGGAGGCCUUGGUGGCGGAGGAGGCUUUGGUGGUGGCAGAGGAAUUGGUAGCAGAUAUGGAGGUGGCUUCGGUGCAGGGGCUGGUGUGGGAAGCAGUGCUAGUGGAGGAUUCAGCGGUGGACAUGGAGGUGGCUUCGGCAGCGCUGAGGUUGGUGUUCGUGGAGGCGGCAGUGGAUUCGGAGAAGGCCGUGGUCUAUGA